AUCAGAUAAUAAGUCACAAAUCCAGAUACAGGCGCAAUUCACAAAUCAAACAUGGAAAUAAGCUGGCUAUACGCUCUCCUCUCACUCUUCCUUCUCUCCCUAGUGUUGAACUUUUCAUCAAAACCAAAAAGAAACCUCCCACCAAGUCCAAUGCCAGCACUUCCUGUAUUAGGCCACCUCCACUUCCUCAAAUUCCCACUUCAUCGCACCAUUCACAAGCUCUCUCAACAAUUAGGACCUAUCUUUUCACUUCGUUUCGGCAACCGCCUCGUUGUGGCUGUCUCCUCCCCAGCCAUCGUGGAGGAGUGCUUCACCAAGAAAGACAUCGUGCUAGCCAACCGGCCCCGGUUAGUCAUAGGCGAAUACGUCGGCUACAACAACACAAUCCUGGUUGGUUCCAACUAUGGUGAGCAUUGGCGCAACCUUCGCCGCCUGACCACUGUUGAAGUAUUCUCCACAGCUCGCCUCAAUGUGUUUCAGUCCAUCAGACAAGACGAAAACAAACUUUUGUUGAAACAGCUCUAUGGAAAGUCAUGCCAAGACUUUGCCAGAGUUGAACUCAGGUCUAUGUUGUCUGAGCUAACAUUCAAUGUUAUCAUGAGAAUGGUAGCUGGGAAGCGGUAUUUCGGUGAGGACGAGGAAAAUGACGAAGCGAAGCAAUUUAGAGAGAUCAUAGAAAAGGUUCUCAUACUAGCUGGUGUGUCGAAUCCCGGAGAUUUCUUCCCAGUGUUCAGAUGGAUUGACUAUAAAGGUUAUGAGAAGACUUGGACGAGACUUACUGGAAAAAUGGAUACUUUCUUGCAAGGUUUGAUUGAUGAACACAAAAGAGAUAAGAGUAGGAAUACAAUGAUAGAUCAUUUGCUCUCUUUGCAAGAAUCAGAGCCUGAGUACUACAGAGAUGUCAUCAUCAAAGGGAUUAUAAUGAAUAUGCUACUUGCCGGGGUAGACACAUCAGGAGUGACCAUAGAAUGGGCAAUGUCUGCUUUGCUAAAUCACCCCGAAAAAUUGGAUAAGGUCAGGGUUGAGAUAGACAAUCUUAUUGGCAGCAAUCGUGUCGUUAAUGAAUCAGACUUGUCCAAGCUUCCAUAUCUCCAAAAUGUUAUUUUGGAGACGUUUCGUCUAUUUCCUCCAGUACCAUUACUAGUACCACAUGAGGCAUCGGCUGAUUGCACGCUCGGUGGAUAUGACAUACCGCGGGACACAAUGAUACUAGUAAACGCUUGGGCCAUUCAUCGAGACCCCUUACUCUGGGAUGAUGCCACAAGUUUCAAACCCGAGCGUUUUGAAGGAGCAAGAGAAGUUGGACCCACGAAGUUGUUGCCGUUCGGGAUGGGAAGAAGGUCAUGCCCGGGCAACGGCCUAGCCAAUCGGGUUGUCGGCUUAGCCAUAGCGUCUCUAAUACAAUGUUUUGAGUGGCAAAGAGUUGAUGAUUCCUUGGUAGAUUUAACAGAAGGAGAAGGGCUUUCCAUGCCUAAACUCACACCAUUGGAGGCCAGGUGCAGGGCACGUGAUGUGCUUCAUAAAGUUCUAGCUGAGCCAUCCCAAAAUUAACCUUAUCUUGUGAUACUUUUACAUAUUAUUAUGUAUGCGUUUUCAAUCUUGCUUUGAAUACCAUUUAGGGUAAUGUAAUUUACCUCCCUCUCAUAUUGAAAAUGAGAAAAUUACUCCUUAUAGAAAAAUAAUAACAAUUUAUUUUUCUGUA